GGAGGAAUUCUUGAGAACUUUGAGCACCUUCUAGGGUUUGGGUAUCUGUCAAAUUGGGGUCUUUUUUAUUCAUACAGAUUCAUUGAUACGAUGCUUGGUGGUUUGUAUGGAGAUCUACCUCCUCCUUCUUCAACCGAUGAAGACAAGAUCGUCAACUCCUCCACCGUCUGGUCAAGCGCCACCAAGAUGGCGCCGCCGACGUUACGCAAACCUGCAUUUGCACCGCCGCAGACGAUUCUCAAGCCCCAAAAUAGGCCCAAACCUGUAGCUUCAAUACAUCCCAAGCCUGUGAUGUUAUCAGCCUCUUUGCCUGUGGGUGAUGAUGGCCUCAGGAGUCCAAGUUUCCCGCCGGCGCUUGUUGCCGUGACGUCAAAUGUUUUGGAGGAGUAUGAUCCAGCUAAGCCUAAUGAUUACGAAGAAUACAGGAGGGAAAAGAAGAGGAAAACUAUGGAAGCGGAGAUGAAGAGGGAGAUGGAUAGAAGAAGGCAGGAAGAUGAGGAAAGGGAGAGGGAGAGAAAGGAGAAGGAAGCAGCAGAAAAGGAAAAACAUAGGGAUUUGAAUAUCUCAGGUGAGGAAGCUUGGAAACGGAGGGCGGCUAUGAGCGGUGCAGUUCCAAGAUCUCCUUCGCCUCCUUCGAAUGUAGAUGGGUUUUCUAUUGGGAAGUCGGAAACAGUCGGAUUGGGGAUUGGUGCAGGUGGACAGAUGAGUGCAGCACAGCGGAUGAUGGCAAAGAUGGGGUGGAAACAAGGGCAAGGGCUUGGGAAACAAGAACAGGGGAUUACAACUCCAUUAAUGGCUAAGAAGACAGACAAACGAGCAGGAGUUAUUGUUAAUGAUAAUAAUAAUAAGAAGGUGAAGAGCGUGAAUUUCGCCAAUCAGCCAACUCGAGUUUUACUUCUCAGGAACAUGGUUGGACCUGGAGAAGUGGAUGAUGAUUUAGAAUCCGAAGUUGCAGAAGAGUGUCUUAAAUACGGAACAGUUACUCGUGUCCUCAUAUUUGAGAUCACAGAGCCUAAUUUCCCUGCCGAGGAAGCGGUUAGGAUCUUCGUACAGUUUGAGAGACCCGAGGAAACAACAAAAGCAUUAAUUGAUCUUGAAGGUCGUUUCUUUGCCGGAAGGGUUGUCAAAGCUACAUUCUAUGAUGUCGACAAAUUUAACAAUAAUGAAUUGGCCCCAUUACCUGGAGAAGUUCCCGGUUUCUAAUCUUGCAAUUAGUUAUGAUCUUAAGACGUGUAAUUAGAUGAGGUUUAAGCAUGUUGUUGUUAAAAGACCCGACAUUUCUUCCCGAAUUAUAAAUGGGUCUUACCCGUCUUGAAAGUUUUUUUUCUUC